GCGCGUGUGCGUGUGUGUGAGUGUCUGUGUGUGCGGGAGAGGCGCGUGCGCGUGUGUCUGGGUUUAUUUAUGGAACAAGAUUAAACUAAAACUAAAUAAUAUUUAAGAGAUGGUGGCCACAGGCUCCAUGAAGAACAAGAGCGGAGAGUGUGUGUGUGAGCUGCUCGAGCGCCGCUACGACCACAACUGCAUCGAGAAAGAGCUGGACUUCUGGGAGCGCUGCCUGGUGGAGCCGGAGAGACCAGUGGACGUGUCUGAGGACAGGACGUGUCUGCAGCUCGCUAAGAUGUUUGAGGGCUGUUUGUCUCGCUCUAAAAAGACGGCGCUGCACUGCUCGUCGGUGCUGGUGCCGGAGCGUCUGACGUGGAGAGUGGCGCGGGAGGUCCUGAGGCUGUCCUCGUGCGAGCCCUGCGGUCUGCGGGGCUGCGUGCUCUACGUCCAUCUGGAGCUGGACAAAGGCGUGAAGCGGCUGGAACGCAUCGUGUACGACGCCUCCGUGGUGCCCACCUUUGAGCUGACUCUAGUGUUUAAACAGGACGGGACGGCCUGGCCCAGCCUCAGGGACUUCCUCUUCAUGGGCUCGUGCUUCGCCCCGUCGCUGAGGCACGCGCUCAAACUGAGUCCAGGAUUCCGUCUGGUCAAACAGAAGCUGUACUCCUCCGCGGCUGGUACCGUGAUCGAGGAGUGCUGAGCUCUGAGGACAGGACGUCUGUGUGCACUUAUCCCCCUGACUCUCCCAUGUCCCGUUUACUCUGCUUUUGUACCAUGAGCUCGUUCAGUGGACGCUCUGAGCCGUCCUGACUCCACAUGGACGUCAGGGACAGUGACGUCAGACGUGACCUGAGGGUCUGGGGCAGUGAUUGACCUUAGAUCGUCUCUGCAGGUUGAACUGAAGCGUUUUGCAGAUGAAUGUAGAGCCAUUUACUUUUAGUGGAUUCACUUUAAACACGAGACACUUUGUUUUACGAGCGUGAAGCACAAGGUGUGACCGGCCGAGGGGCGGCGGUCGCAGGGUGUGACCGGCCGAGGGGCGGCGGUCACUGGGGCCAUAUGUAGCAGUGUUGGGGCAGAUUCCUGUCCUGUGUAUUACUGUUUUUUUGUACGAGGAGUGGAUGCCUUAAAUCUGAUCGUCUGAGUUUACGUGUGUCAUUUUAAUGUAAUUCUAGCUCUUCUCCUUUUUAUACCACUGACCUUCCUCCGCAGCUUUUAGACACUUGUAUCUGAUUGGACGCUCACGUUGGUUGUGGGUGUGGCCUCUUCCCAAUUUUUGCAAACUUUUUGACUAUUAAUCUGUUUGUCGACCAGACAAUAAAAUAUUU